AUGGCCGGCCCCGUAAAUCAUGUCGGUCAUGCUUGGCUUCGUCGGGCCGAAGCCAGACGGCAACAAAUUUCGAACAAUGAAGAGCCAUUUCAGCCGCCAAUUCAACCUGCAGUACCAUUAGCAUUCCAGUCGGCACGAACCCGUUGGACGCCAUUGGAGUUAGGCAGAAUGACAGUGAUUUGUCCAUCAUGUCAAGCUUUACAUUGGCUUAACGAGCACGUGCAUGGGAGCUCAAUUACGCUACCGCGGUUUGAAAAUUGUUGCAAGAAAGGCGAUGUUCAAUUGCCGGCAUUGGAACAAGCCCCCGAGUACCUACGGUACCUCCUCGAAUCAACUGAUACAAUUGCUAGACAGUUCCGUAGCCGUAUUAGGGAGUACAACUCCGCUUUGACCUUUACUUCCGUUAAAUAUACUUCAGAUGAACGCAUCGACCGUCAAGCUGGGGGGGUUACAUACUUCCAAAUUCAUGGGGAGCUAUACCACCUUCAGGAGCCUCUCACUGCAGCAGCAAACGAUACGCCCGCUUUUGCUCAGUUAUAUUUCUAUGACCCACUCUAUGCUGCACAAUUGAGGCACCAUGGACAUCCAACUCUAGAUAUUGCGGUUUUGGAACGGUUGACGCAAGAGAUACAAAUAGUCAAUCCAUUCAUUCCACUAUAUAAGACGGCAAAAGAGAGAUUGGAAGCUGCGUCCUCACAAGAUGGGGAUGUACGUGUCUUACUCAAUCCGCAAUUGCGGUUGAUAGUGGAGAGUGGAGCGGACAAGCGGAGACACAAUUUGCCUACAAGCAAUGAAGUCGCUGCGAUUAUUCCAGAUGAAUAUGGUGAAGCAGGAUUCCGGGACAUUGUCUUAGCACAUAGAAAUCCAGAUGCCAAUAGGCAGUUUAGUAUAAUUGAUCCUAAUCAUGCCGCUUAUAUGCCCUUACAUUAUGUUCUGCUAUUUCCAAAUGGUGAGAGGGGUUGGCAUUGGGGCUUACGGCUGCGUGAUGAGUUGAACCGACGGAAGAAUUUAAGGUUACAGCAACGUGAAUUUUACAGGUACCGACUGCAUACCAGGACGACUGAACCCAUGACUUUGUUCCUCUCGCAACGCCUAUUUCAGCAGUAUUUGAUAGAUGCUUGGGCUGUUUGUGAUCAGAAUAAGUUGAAUUGGCUUCGACUGAAUCAGGCAAAUAUUCGGGCUGAUCUGUAUAAUGGGUUGGCGGAUAAUAUGCGGCAAGAGGACUUCAACCCGGAACAAACCGGGAAGCGUAUCAUUCUACCACGAAGCUAUACAGGAGGCGACCGAUACAUGCUGCAGUUGUUCCAGGAUUCCAUGGCUAUAGUCCGUCAUUUUGGGCGUCCCUCACUAUUUGUUACCUUUACCGCGAAUCCAAAGCCAGAUUUAGUUGCAAGGGUGUUCCAUCUCAAGCAACAACAACUCCUCCAAGAAAUAAAGCGUAAACACAUCUUUGGUCGCUAUCUUGGGUCUGUAUGGACCAUUGAGUACCAGAAGAGAGGGCUGCCACACAUGCAUCUACUGAUAUUCCUUCAUCCGGAUGAUCGCUUUCUGACAGCAGAGAGGAUCGACGAAAUUGUGUGUGCAGAGUUACCGGACCCCGCGACUGAUCCUACGGGGGAACUAAAUGCAAUCAUUAGAAGUUGUAUGGUACACGGUCCAUGUGGAGAGGCCAAUAUGCGAUCGCCCUGCAUGGCUUCAAAGGAGAAUGGGGGACCAACUGCAUGUUCGAAACGGUACCCUAACGCCUAUCAAUCAGAGACAGUUGUACAGGAGGAUGGCUAUCCACUGUAUAGAAGACGUAAUGAUGGCAGAACCUUUUCAGUGGCAGUAACGGGCUCAGGGUUUAAUCAAGAGUAUCAGAUGGACAACAGAUGGGUGGUUCCAUAUAAUCCUUAUCUUUCUUUACGGUAUAAAGCUCAUAUCAAUGUCGAGAUCUGCGGGAGUGACUCGGAUGAAAUUACUAGAUACCUCCAAGGGCGUUAUAUAGGACCCACUGAGGCUGUAUGGCGUUUGUUCGAAUACGGAAUGCACGAAGAAUACCCGUCAGUCAUUCACUUGGCUGUUCACUUGCCCGGCGAGCAACCGGUAUACUAUGGAGAUAACUCCAACCGGGAGGAGUUGAUACAGAGGAUGCAAAACUCGAGAACUACACUGAUAGCUUAUUUUGAGUACAAUACAGAGCACGAGGAUGGUACCCGGUAUCUCUAUCAAGAUUUCCCGGUAUACUUUACCUAUGACGCUAAAUCGCGGAAGUGGGCAUCCAGGAAGAGAGGUGUGGCUAUUGGACGUAUGUGGCAUUGCAAUCCUAUGAUGGGGGAGAAAUACUAUAUGCGUCUACUGUUAACCGUUAUCCCUGGCGCAAAAUCUUUUGAUUAUCUGAAAACUGUCAAUAAUGUGCUGUAUCCUACAUUCAAGGCUGCAUGCAUUGCCCUUGGCUUAUUGGACGAUGAUCAAGAGUGGGUGCAGUGCUUUACCGAAGCAAGCAUAUUCUCGAGCGGAUAUUCCCUCCGUACACUCUUCACUACUGCCUUGCUAUUUGGCAACGUGACUGAACCUCUGCAAUUAUGGGAUAAAUUCAAGUCAAAUAUCUGCGAUGACUUACCCCGAGCUAUGGAAAGAAACACAGGUCUCAUUAUCCCCCCUGAGCUGCCAGAUGCCCAUCUGGACUAUGGUCUCUACCUGAUAUCACAGAUUCUUGCCGACUCCAACAGAACGCUUAACUGUAACGGGGGUCCUUUCUAA